AUGGGAGGUGCUGAGGCAAGAGAGGAGAGCCGGGAAAUAGAAGAGGUUAGCGAGUUGAAGGUUAGUGGAGAUAAAGAAGAAAUGCAAAUUGGAAACAGUCAUGAUGGGAGAUUUAGAGAGAUAUUCAACCAAGUGAAUGUGGUACCUGCAGUAAAUCUGCAAAUUCCGCCCUAUGAUGAAAGAAUCAAUUUCAAUCUUGAAGAAAAAACUGAACUCACCGAUGAAGAGGAGGAUUCUGCGGUUCAGCCUCUGAAGAGGGCUCAUCCGCCUAAGGUAAAAGAUCCGGGAUGUAUAGCAUUAUCAUGUGCUUUGAAUGAUUUUGAUGUGGAAGCCAUGAUAAACUUGGGAUCUAGCAUUAAUAUGAUGCCCACAGAUUUCCUGACAAAAAUAAAAGGGAUUGUAUUGAAACCGUCUGAUCUUAUGGUGACAAUGGCUGACGGUUCGGUAAAAAUACCGGUGGGAAUGGCGGAAGAUGUUAUUGUACGAGUGGAACAACUUGAAUUCUUGGCAGACUUCAUUGUCAUGGAUAUGGACACUGAUGAUGAAUUUCCUGCACUAGUGAAUAAAAGCAGGAGAAUCAUUCACCCAAAAGCAAGAGAAGAACCACUUCGACGGGGAAGCAAAGUGAAAUAUAAGAGGAAGGAGUGGAUAAUAAAGGAGCUGAAAGAAAAAGGGGAGGUGGAAAUUGAAGCACCAUACAAUAGACAGGUCAAGAGGGUGGACAGAAGAAAAUUGAGCCGUUAG